AUGAUGAUGGAGCAAGAGGGGCAAGCCGACCUCGACCACGCCAUUGACUCUUGGCUCGCUCGUGAUGCGCUGGCCGGCCUCGGCCGCGCCGUGGGCUCUGUUGGAGCCACGACGUCAGCUGGUGGAGCACCUUCCCCCCUCUCCUCCCCCUCAGAAGAGCGCGAGGUGCCCACUGGCGCCUCCUCCUUCUCCUCGUCAUCGUCGUGGUCAUCGUCGUUUCCGGACGUCGUUCCCUUCCCACCCUCCGGAGCGCCCCUGGCCCACGCUCACGCGAUCCCGCCGCCCACCCAGAUGCCUGGCACCGGGCACCUCGAGGAGGAACUGAGAGCAGAAGGACAAGCUGCGCCGCACCACCACCACCACCACCACCGCCAGCAGCAGCAGCAGCAGGAGGAGGACGGAGGAGGAGAAGGCGACCGAGAGGGCAGCGGCCGCAGCGGCGCGGACGUCGUGAUGGCGGGGUGCGCAUCUCCAGUCGCACCGCCGCUCUCGUCGGCGGGCGCCGCUGCUGCGCCGUGGGGCGGCAUCCUGGGCCACCUGGGCUCCAUCGCCUCCACGCUCGAGCCCCUCUUCCCCUCGGCCGCUGCCUCUGCAGACAUGGCGGGGGCCUCACGACGACCCACCUCCACGACAACGAUGACGACGACGACGCACCCCCACGACAGCGAUGACGACGACGCCUAUCAUGGCGGUGACCAUGAUGCCGCCCGCGGCCAGCGACCCGCCUCGUCGUCGCCGUCGUCGCGGGAGCCAUGGGCGGCCAUGCGCCCCCCGUCUCAUUGCGGUGGUGCUGGUACGGGGCUGGCCAAGGGCCGCGGCGUGGAGGAGACGCCCCUCAUGGCACCGGCCCCGUCGAGCGACGGCCUGGGCCUGGGCGGCAGGCCCUCUUCCUCCGUGCACUGGGCGUCGUCGUCGUCCCGUCUCACCGAUCGCCACCACUGCCACCACCUCGACGACGACGACGACCACAACGGCGGCGGCGGCGGCGGCUCCGCUUCUUCCCACCACCACCACCACUAUCCGACUCCGCACGCCCCGCAAGCCGCCGACUGGCGCGGGAACCACCACCUCCGGCCCCGUCCCCGCCACCUCGACGACCACGACGACCACGACGGCGGCGGCAGUGGCGCCACUCGCAGUGAUGGCAGCGACCACCCAAGCCGCCGCCAUCAGCAGUCACAGCCACAGUCACAGCCGCAGCGUCCGCGGCGUUGGGAGAAUGCGGGAGGGGAGGGCGCAGCUGGAGGCGCCCCUACCUCCUCUUCCCGCCACCAUCGCCAGCAGCAGCCGCCGCCGCCGCCGUCGCUCUUUUCUCCUGCUCCCCCGCCGGGCACGGAUCGGGCGACGCCCGUCUCGCGCUUGGACCGCGACUUUGCGAGCUUCCGCCGGCAGCUCGUCCCCUCGCAGCAGCAGCAGCAGCCGCCGCCGCCGCCGGAGCGGGUGCGCAGCCGGCCAGACCCGCGUCUCUCGUCGGACGAGGAGGAGGAACAGGUGGUGGUGGCGGUGCCUGGUGGUCGCCUCUGUCUGGAGGGCCAGAACCCCAGCGGGUGUCCGGUGCUGCUGUACGCGGCGGGGCCACGAGAAGCCAGCGGGCCGGCCCAGCAGCCGCCGCCGCACGCGGGGUCGUGGUCGUCGUCGUCGUACGGGGAUUUCGUGCGGGGCACGACCGACUGGCUGGCCCUCAAUGAGGCUCUUCGCAAGAACGGCCUACCCACCCUCUCCUUCAUCUCCCGCCCCGCCCAAAGCCUGGGCAUUCCCAACCCGGCCCACGAACGAGCGCUCUUCCGUACUUUCGAGGAGGCGCUGGUGCAGCUCCAUCGGCGGGCUCUGCUCCUGGACCAGCUCAUCGAGGUCGCCAACAAGCGGGCAGAGGCGCGCGUGGCCAAGUACAAGGACGAGGCCGCCCAGCUUCGCCUGCAGCGCGACAAGCGCUGUUGGCUGGAGACGGAGUCCUCCAUCGAGACCAUGCAGCAGCAGUACAUGCGCAAGCACAACGAGCAGCUGGAGGACUUCUUCAAGCUCCGCAAGGAACACGACCACAACCUGCACACACUCAAGGUGCCCCUCCUCCAUCCCGCGGGCCUUCAGCGUAGUGGUUUGCCGCGCAGCAGCCUAGGACCGAAGCUGACGCCGACCUCCGCACAGGAGCAAGAGCGGGCGUUGCAGGCCAAGGACCUCGAAAUCGCCGCCCUCCGGCGACACCUGGAGCGGGGCUGA